AUGCCCGCCGGCACAAUGUUUGCCAAAUUCAAGAGCACCAACGUGGCCGCCUCCACUUCGAUGCAGAACGUGGCCGAUGGCAAUCCCAUUACGCAGUACUUCGAAAUCGGCAAGCCGGUGGCCUGUGCCGGCCCAGAGUUGAUCUGGCGCAUCCACGACGCCUACCGCAAGAGUGACAACAAGGAAUGUUCCGUCUUCAUAUUCGAGAAGAAAGUUGCCGAGAAACUGCACAAGCCGCGACGCAAGGAAACCAUAACUGAGUUGCUCAAAAGUUCAGUAAAGACCUUGGAACGCUUUCGACAUCCCAGGAUACUACAAAUCUAUCACACGGUGGAGGAGAAUGCAGACACUCUGGCCUUUGCCUCCGAGCCCAUCUUUGCCAGCCUCUCGAAUGUGCUGGCCUUCCACGAGUCGAAGACCUACGAGAACCCCAAUGUGCCACCGACAGCGGGAGGAACGGCAAGCGCCGGCCAGGCCCAGGCGGCGGCCAACACUUUGCCCCAGCGACCUGCUCACGCCAAGGAAUACAAUUUCUUGGACAUGGAGCUGAAGUACGGCUUUCUGCAGCUGACCGAGGCCCUGGCGUAUCUGCACUAUUCCGGUCACGUAAUUCAUCGCAAUGUGUGUCCAUCUUCUAUACUAAUAACCAAACGCGGCAUCUGGAAGCUAGCCGGCAUGGAGUAUGUGGAACGAAUGAACGAGAACGAUUUGAAUAGCUCCAUACCAUGUCCACCGUGGAGCAACAGGGUAUCCAAGAUGGCACAACCGAAUCUGGAUUUUAUGGCACCUGAAACUCAGUCAACGUCCAAAUGCAGCCUGCUGAGCGAUAUGUUCUCCCUGGGAAUGGUGAUUUGUGCGGUUUUCAACAACGGCAGGCCGCUGAUUCAGGCCGGCAACUCCACCUCCAACUAUGCCAAGCAGAUGGAAUCGUUGGAUGAUCUGGUCCACAAGCUGAUGCCAAGGCUGCCGAUAGCCCUGCAGGAGGCCACUUCGCGCAUGGCCAGUCGAGAUGCAACCGCCAGACCCACCGCCCAGCUCCUACAGCUCAUCAAGUACUUCAUCGAUCCGGCUAUAAGUGCUCUCAAAUUCCUGGACGUGGUCAACAUGAAGGACACGCAGCAAAAGUCCCAGUUCUACAAAACCACCUUGAUAGAGGCCAUGCCGUUGAUACCACGUAAACUCUGGUGGCAGAACAUCUGGCCCAUGCUCAAGUCGGAGAUCAACAACAACGAGGUCCUGGCAGCGGUCCUGCAACCGGUAAUGCUCUUUGUCCAGGAAGCCACUCACACCGAAUACGACAACCUGAUGUCGGCCACCAUGAAAGUCGUCUACAAUACACCGAAAUCCAUUCAGGCCAGCGUUACGAUACUCGAGAAUUUGCAUUUGAUUAUCGAAAAGACGAAGCCGGAGGAUGUCACCACAGACAUAAUGCCCAUGUUGUUCUGCUCCUUCGACGGUUCCACGAUACAAGUGCAGAGCGCUGCUGUGGUGGCAGUGGCCAAUGUAUUCGAUAGCAUCGAUGAGCUCUCCAUUCGCCGGAUGGUCCUGCCAAAAGUUAAAUUGGUUUUCGAGAAAAACAUAACCGAUCCGAAGAUUGUCCAGAAUGUGCUAAUGUGCAUCGAACGGGUUAUGGACCGCAUGGAACGAGGACAGGUCAUGGACGAGGUCCUGCCGCUCCUGGCAAAUGUCCGCAUCCCCGAUCCCGAUAUCAUCAUGCGUACUGUGCGCAUCUAUCAUAAACUGUUCGUGGACAAAACCUAUGGCCUCACCGUAGAAACGAUGGCCACCAAUGUCCUGCCCCUGCUCAUUCCCCACACCGUCAAUCCGGCACUCAAUUUCGAACAAUAUUGCUACCUGCUGGAGGUGCUGCAACAGAUGCUGGAGGCCAUCGAUCGGCAGCAGAGGAACAAAUUGAAGCUGGACAACCUGUCGAUGGCCUCGCCGGAAAGGCACCGCACCCUGCGCCACCAGUUCUCCACCGACAACAUGAACGCACCGCCCUUCAAUAUUCCCAAUUUGCGAAUCGAUCAGCGAAAGACGUCCAGUGCCGAGGAUAUGGCCCGCAAAAAUUCAGGCGGAUCUGGCAUGCUGGGUGGCUGGUGGUUCGGUUGCUCGCCCUCAUCGCCGGACAGCAAUUUCCUGCGAGUUGGCAACGUGUUCCCCAACCGCCGACUGUCGGACAACACGCUGAUGACGCCCAAGAUCCGCAUUGCGCCCUCGUGCGCUUCCUCGCCGGGCGGAACUCCGGGCAGCGGGCUGCCGACCCGGCGGCACUCGAGCAUCGGGCCACAGGAACGGCGGGGCUCCACCAUCAAUUUGUCACCGCCAACUUAUGGUGCCCGCGGUAGCUCUGGAUCGAGUCUAUCGGUGCCAUCCACUUCGGUCUAUGUUAAAUCUCCUUUAUUGUACUCCCAAAAACAGGGUGGCUCCAUGCCGAACACCUCGAGCAGCGUCCCCUUCCUGCUGUCAUCCAGCAUGCAGUCGAUCAGGUCGCGCCGCCAGUCCACGGUGCUGUCGUCGGGACCGCUGGGAUCCGGAUCGGGUAUUUUGCAGCAACUGGGAUCCGGCAUGUAUCAACUAUUCUCCGGACGUAACUAAAGAUACAAAAACGCAAAACAAGCUAAAUACAUUCAAAAGAAUCCAAUUACUUUCAAUGAAAUUUCGGUCCAUUUAUGAAACACCAGUAAUCAACCUAUAUUAGCAUUAUAAAAGAAUAUUUUAAAAAAUUGUAAACGUAUACCAAAGGAAGAAAAUUAAAUAAGUAUUUCAAUCGAAACCUCUAAAUGUUGUUAGCCAAUCCAAAUCGAUGUGACCAAAACAACAUUAUAAUCACAAAAAGAAAACAAUAUAUAUAUCAAAAAAAUCCACAAUUUUAAUGUAAUUUUCAAGAGAAAGGUGUUAAACACGUAAAAACACACACAAGUCACAAGAGCCAUUUAAUAUUAAAACAAAACACUGCUAAAUGCAAUCAAUUCAUAGAAAACCCAAAAUUUAUUAUAAAUAUUUAUUAUAAAGUUCUUAUUUAUUAUUUUUUUAUUGUAAAACAUUCACAAAACCAUAUCAUAUCUGAGAAUAUUUAUAAAGAGAUUACAUUUCAUACUCAUAGUUAGGCAUAUAUUUUUUUUACAGCAACAUAAGUCAUAACCUAGAGGAGCACAAAAUAUAUCAGAUACUAUUAUAUCGAGUACCUACAGCGUACCUAGCAUCAAGAAAAUCAAACUUAUCCCAGAGCUUUACAGCAGACGCAAUCAAAAUGAGAAGGGGACAAUUAUUUUUAGCAAAGAUCACCCAUAUUUAUAUCUACAUGUUCCAAUCAUAAUCCCAUUGAAUAUAUAUUUAUAUACAAGUAAACCCAAAACUACUACUAAGGUGAAUUACACGUAUCCAAAACCACACCACGAAAUAGAACCCGAAAAAGUGGGUAUCCUGAGAUUGAUUUGUUGAUCGAAUUGAUGGCGACCUUGGAUCAAUUUUAGAAAAAAACCCCCAUGAUAUUCCAUGAAGGCAAUCUUAAUCUCAACAUUAUAGUCAAUUGCAUAGUCAAGAAGAUA